AGACAAAAGGCAAAAGCUUUAUUUUUUUCAACAGGUGGAUGAUACACAAUAACGUUUGACAUGACAACUCGGAAGCUGUAAACCUCUCUUGUCUCCAAUCUUGCAUUGCACCGACACCCAACUGCGAGCUGAUUCUUUGUUUGGAUGAACAGAGAUUAAGCUGAUAACAGCUAGCGGAUCUCUGGUUUUCGCUCUUCACUCGAGCUUCGAUCCAUUCCCAAAUACCCAGAAAGCAAGAGACUGAGAAUCUCUAAGAGAAGAAGAGAAUGGAGACUAAUAACUCAGUCUCCAAGCUGUUCAUUCUAUUGAGCAUUGGGUUACUGGUGAAUGCUCUACUGGUCCACACUCUUGUGAGCUAUGAUAAGAAGGCCAUUCUUAUCAAUGGGAAAAGGAGAAUCCUCAUCUCUGGCUCCAUACAUUACCCCAGAAGCACCCCUCAAAUGUGGGAAGAUCUUAUACAGAAGGCUAAGGAUGGAGGUUUAGAUGUUAUAGACACCUAUGUCUUUUGGAACAUCCACGAGCCUUCUCCUGGCAAUUACAACUUUGAAGGGAGAUAUGAUCUGGUAAGGUUCAUAAAGGCUGUACAGAAGCAAGGGCUCUAUGUUCAUCUCCGCAUUGGACCUUAUAUUUGUGCAGAGUGGAAUUUCGGAGGGUUCCCUGUAUGGUUGAAGUAUGUUCCUGGAAUCAGCUUCAGAACUGAUAAUGAACCCUUCAAGGCGGCAAUGAGAGGGUUCACCCAGAAAAUUGUGGAGAUGAUGAAGCGUGAAAACCUGUUUGAGUCCCAGGGUGGUCCAAUCAUUCUAUCUCAGAUUGAGAAUGAGUAUGGCCCGGAGGGGAAGGUUUUUGGAGCUGCUGGUGAAGCAUACAUAAACUGGGCUGCAAGUAUGGCUGUUGAACUGGAUACUGGAGUCCCAUGGGUAAUGUGCAAGGAAGAAGAUGCCCCCGAUCCUGUGAUAAACACCUGCAAUGGCUUUUACUGCGAUGGUUUCGCGCCUAACAAACCUUACAAGCCCACCUUGUGGACCGAGGCAUGGAGUGGCUGGUUUACAGAAUUUGGUGGCCCUCUUAACCAUCGACCAGUUGAAGAUUUGGCAUUUGCAGUGGCUCGAUUCAUACAGAAGGGUGGCUCAUUUUUCAACUACUACAUGUACCAUGGAGGAACAAACUUUGGGCGCACGGCUGGAGGACCCUUCAUCACAACCAGCUACGACUACGAUGCUCCAAUCGACGAAUAUGGUUUAAUCAGGGAGCCUAAGUAUGGGCAUCUGACAGAGCUCCACAGGGCCAUUAAACAAUGUGAGCAGGCUUUAGUUUCUUCAGAUCCAACCAUUACUAUAUUAGGAAGCUCCCAGCAGGCUUAUGUUUUCUCUACAGAGAAUGGGAAUUGCGCCGCUUUCCUCUCGAAUUCUGAUAGCAAGUCUGCAGCCAGAGUUAUGUUCAAUAACUUGCACUAUGAUCUCCCCCCUUGGUCCAUGAGCAUCCUACCCGAUUGCAGGAGCGUAGUCUUCAACACUGCAAUAGUCGGGACUCAAACUUCUGGGAAUCAAAUGUUGCCCACCAAUUCGGAGUUGCUUUCUUGGGAGACUUACGAUGAAGAUAUUUCUUCUUUGGAGGACAAUCCAACAACAACAGCUGUUGGGCUGCUGGAGCAGAUAAAUAUCACCAGAGAUAGCAGUGAUUAUCUCUGGUACAUAACAAGUGUUGAUAUUGGUCCAUCUCCGUCAUUACUGCGCGGAGGACAAAAACCCACUCUGACAGUGCAGUCAAGAGGCCAUGCUCUGCAUGUCUUCAUAAAUGGACAACUUUCUGGCUCAGUCUAUGGCACCAGGGAAGCUAUGAGAUGCAGGUUCACUGGACCGGCCAAUCUGAAUGCCGGGAUGAAUCGAAUUGCACUGCUCAGCAUAGCAGUUGGAUUGCCGAACAAUGGAAUUCAUUUCGAAACAUGGGAAACAGGAAUCCUCGGCCCCGUACUGCUACGAGGCCUAGACACUGGAAACAGAGACUUGUCGUGGCAGAAAUGGACGUACAAGGUUGGCUUGAAAGGGGAAGCGAUGAAUUUGGUGUCUGCAACUGGAAUUUCAUCGGUUGAGUGGGUAAAAGGAGCACUCUUCGCGCAACCGCAGAAGCCCUUGACAUGGUACAAGGCUUAUUUCGAUGUUCCGAAUGGGGACGAGCCAUUGGCACUGGACAUGCGCAGCAUGGGAAAGGGUCAAGUAUGGAUCAACGGGGAGAGCAUAGGCAGAUACUGGACGGCUUACGCCGCCGGAAGCUGCGGUCUUUGCAGCUACAGUGGCACAUACAGGCCCCCCAAGUGUCAACUUGGUUGCGGAGAGCCAACUCAGAGAUGGUACCAUGUUCCAAGGUCUUGGUUGAAGCCGACUCAAAACUUGCUGGUGAUCUUUGAAGAAGUAGGUGGGGAUGCAUCCAAGAUCUCACUUGUGAGAAGAAUAACUGGGAAAACCAUUUAGGUUUAUCAGUGACUUGUUAUGUUACUGGGUUUACCCAGGAUAACUCUCUUAGAGAGCAACUAUAUAGUGACAAAAAUAAAAAUAUUUACAUCUUUCGUUACUAUUUAUAUGAUACAUCUUUUACUUA